AGUCGCAGUUCGAGGCUCAAAGCGUUCGCAGCUGUUGCGGUGAGAUUGCUCAAACGGGCUCGGAUAUUAAUAACGUGCUAGUCGGACAUCGAAUUAAAUACAACUUAGGCUCGUCUCAAGUUUGGGAGCCUCGAAGAUGUAAUAUGCCAUAUUAAAUGGCGCGUGCUCUCCAAAUGAAACGCCAAUACAAGUGCGUUUAGGUAGGAUGUAAAUGUUGAUGUAUUCCCAGGAUACUUUGGGCCCGCCAUUAGCCAACUUGCUUGUAUAAAUGUACAUGCAUAUGUAUAUGUGUACGUGUGUAUAUUUACAUGUUUUUACGCACACAGCACAGCCGACAACAACAGCUUUUUGGAGGCUGCGCGAAUCGGCCAUUUUUGGUCGGCUUCCAUUCUUUGGGCCCCAAUUUCUCGGCAACAUGUGUUCCCUCUGUGUGCGUAUUUAAUAUACAAUUUUUCUAUGGGCCGUAGGCUUUGAAGUAAACGCAAAGCACUAGGAGUGCAGAGCAGGCAGAAGAAGAGUGUCCGUAAAAUCCGUCUAUUAUAAUGCCCGGAACGCCUGGCAUAAACAUAAAGUAAGAGUUUUCCGCUUGGGCAGCGGACGCAGCACCAUGAAAUGUGCUCUCAACAAACAAAACAUACCAAACACACCGCGAGAAAGGAGAAACACAAAUCGCAUGCCUUUGAAAUAAAUAAACACGAAGUUAAAUUUAUUUAGUUUAAGCAAAUAGCAUAUCCUGUUCCACCUUAUGGCGUUCUAAGUAAAAAUAUCUGUGUGGAGUUCUUGGUUAUUACUAAAUUCCCUAAUUAAUUUCCGAAAUGUUGAAUAUUAAAUGAGCUUCUGUUGAUAUAAAUAAUGUGCAAUUUUUUUGAUUUAAAUAAAUGUGGAAAAUGUCUUCAAAAAGUUGCACAUGCAGUUUUUCCCAAUGUGUUACAAAAACUACAGACUACUUAGGAGCGUGGUCCGUAAACGGAGAGCGCCCAACCACCCACCCACACUUACACUUACACCCACCACCAGCACCACCUAUUCCCACCCACACACAUGCGUAGAGCAGCAACAAAGUUGCGAUAGAAAACAGAUGCUUCAAAUAUGCAACAGCGUAUAAAUAACAGACUAAGGCUAGCCAGAUUGGCCGAGUGCGAUGCAGGUGUCUCUGUUAUUAGCACUGACCUAUAGUGUUAGCUUAGCAGAGGCUGUUAGGCGGGCAGCGGCGCUGACGGCGGCAGCGACGCGGGCAGAGGGCAGAACUGAUGCCAAGGGUAAUUCAGUGUUGGGCGAGAUUUCCAUCAGUGGACACGCCGUCGUCGGUUAACGCAGGCUUUCCCGAGCCAUACCACAAAAAAAAAAAAAAAUAAAAAAUAAGCAAAGGAAAAAGACAUCGUGUUGGUGUGAGUGUGUGCUGGUGUUGGUUGCCUCAUAAAAGAUUCAACAGCCUGCCGAGUUAACAAAUAAAUAAAAAAACGUGUGUUAAAGAAAAAAAUUAAAUAAAUAAUUAUACAUAAAUAGCGUAAGAAAGGCAGCACAAGUUAGUGCAAAAAGUGUAAAACAAAACAAGAGUAUGGUGAGAGGCCAGAGCAUCGAUAAAACAGAAAGCGGAGCAGCCUACAAUUGAAUAAAAACAAUCAAAUUUUGGAUGAAACGAAAAUUAACAACAUAAAAUUCGACAAGGGCAGUAAAAAGGAGACUCCGUGUCUCUUUCUCGCCCGCUCUCCCCACUUGGAGUAGUCCCCGAAUAUAACGCUGCAGCCGUCGCCUUUAAGCGCCACUUGAUGCCACCGUGACACACAAAAGAGAAAGAUUUGAAAAGGCAAUUGACGAGGAGAUAAACGAGAACGAGGUAACCAGGAGGCGGCGGCGAUGACACUGAGGCAUCCAAAGACGUCGCCACCCAGAUGACGGGCAGGCACCAGCAGGAGGAGCCGACGACUCAGGAGCAGGAGCAGAAGCACCAGCACAACCCCGAGGACAAAACAAACCGAUCAACGUGUCAACGCGUCGAGUAGAAUGCAAAUAGGCGCUAGCACCAGCAGCCAAAGCAGCAACAACCGCCUCCAACCACCAGAGCCUGAGCCCGAGCCUGAGCCGCCCAUUGAGCCACCACCCACCAUCCAACUAGGCCAACAUGGCGGAUGCGGACGAUAGCAAGAGUGGCACUGGCAGCGGGGGCAGUGGUAGUGGUAGUGGCAGUGGCAGUGGUCGUGGGAGUGGCGCCGAAUCCCUGCAGCUGCUAACCAAACUGGACAAGGCCGUCUCCACCAACGAUGUUCUGCUGGAUCUCCAACGGGCGCUCACCUACGAGGCUGUCUUCAGCACUCUGGUGGAGCACAAGAUGCAGGCCCUCAAGCGGGACUACGAGGAGCACAAGAAGGCGAAGCGGCGCAAGCGGAAGUCCAUCGGUCGCAUAUUUCUGCCCAGAAAGCUGUUUGGCAGCGGAAGUCGCCGUUCCAGCAGGGAGGACACUCCGCCACCGGAGGAUCACCAGGUCCAGCCCUCACCACCAGCCACUAGUAGCGGGAAGACCAAGGCCCAAGCAAAAGGCAAGACCCGGACGGAUGACAUCGAGGAGGCCUGCGGCUCAGUGGCCAGUUUGCAGCGAUCUCAUCCGAAGCGUUCGGAGAACUUGGAGGACAGCCUGGCCAGCACGCUGAGCAACUCCUCGGGAGCCCAGCGGCAGUACAAGCACAGCCACAGCUUACUUGUUCGAGCUCAAACGCACACGCCUGCACACCAGAUGGACAUGGAUGCGGACCGGCGAUCCAUUAGCUCGGAGGCGGAGCUCAGAUUGAAGGCCCAGCUCCCAGCCAAACAUUCCACAACGAUUAACGGCGAGUCGGCACUGCCCCCGAUCUCCGGACACGACAAUACCUCGACGACUGCCACAGCAACUGCCACCGUGACCGCCACGGCCCACGGAGGAGUCCUCCACAGCUCCACGCUGGCGGACGACAGCCUGACCGCCUCGCUACGCGGCAGCCUUGAAAGCCUCUCCUACAGUAGUUCCCGCUGCACGGUCAGCUUUGGCGGAGCGGAAGUGAUCACCGCAGGCGGCGGGGAGACGGAGUCGAGGGAGCGGUCGCGACUGGCCAAGAGACUGAGGAUCCUGGAGGCCAAGUCCAUCAGCGCCCAGUGCAGCCCCAUCUUUCCCAGGCACGUGGUGCGCUCGUUUCCGCUGCAGUCACCCCAACAAGCGCGCCUGCACAUCAAUGUUCCCUCCAGUUUGGCCAGAACUCAGCCGCAGUUGCAGGUGCAUCAGCAGUUGCAGCCCCACGUGGCCUUGGAGAUUGAGACGCUACCCGCUCCACUUCCCCAGCGGAGGCGUCUGCUGCCCAAGCAGAUAUCCUGCACUGAAAGCGGAGCAGCAGGGGAUUUCGGCGUGGGAGGAGCGGAGGCCUACACCAGGUACUUCUCCCGCCAGAACACGUCGGAGGACAGCGCCAAUGUGACAGUGAGCACGGUGCUGGCCCAAAGCGACUCCCAGUCGCUGCACGCCACGCCCAGCUAUGCAAAUACGCCCCCGGCGAUGGGCAGCGCGAGUCAGGAGCGCCGCAAGUCCCGCAGCACCGGACUGCUGCCAGUGCGGCCGCCAUAUGGCUUGGAUGGCACUGCCGUGGUGAUUCCCAUGGAGGACGGGAGCGUGGAGCGAGCCAGGACGAGGGCCCUGGUGCCCGACAAACUACACCGGAUGACCUCAACGUCGACGGGCUCCAGUGUGGCCGCCACCGGUUGCUGCAGCGCCACGAAGCCGAAGGAGAGGCCGGGCGAAGCCUUCAAGCCCUCCGCGAUGCCCUCCUCCGCAGCAAUGACUACGGCCCAGAGCACGGGCAGCGACGACGAAUACCGCCGUCGGAAACGGAAGUACAAGCGCCAUCAUCGCUGCUCGGAUCCCGCCCUGGUCUAUCCCACGCCCAGUGGUCUCCAGCACUAUGUGCACGUGCUCGGCAUCAAUCCGGAUACACAGCAGCCCAUACAAUGCCCGUACGGCGAGGACUCGCCCUGCGACCUGCAGCUGGACAUGGACAUGGACUUGGACCUGGACCUGGACGAUGCCGAUAAAAUCGACGACCUUGAGCAGAUGGUGCCCAGUGGUCAUCAGCGACAUCGCCGAAAGCAUCGACAUCGCCACAAAAAGCGACAUCGGCACAAAAAACCAAAGAUUCUGGUGCAGGACUUGGACACAGAAGUUGUUAAGGUGAUCGAUCCUCAUGAUCUGUCCCAGCGUGCCCGCUGGACAAUAAUUGCCACCGCCUGUUUGUUGCUGCUCAUGUGCCUCAUGUUGAUUGGAGUCACUUUGCGCAUGGCUCCGAUAAUCGAUGAUAUGGUGCGACAGGAGAACGAGCGCAACUUCCGCGAGAAUCUGGAGCGCACCUGGAUGAUGAAGAACCGCACCGAGCUGAAUCUGCAGCGCCAGCAGAUGGAGAUGCAGCAGCACGCCGUUCCAUGAGCGGAAGGAAGGAAGUGACGCCGCUGGAGCAGAUGCGACCGGAUGAGAUGUCAGCACGAGCUGGAAAUGUCAGCGGUUGGCAGCAAGGACAACAAGUUUGUGGCAGGAAGCCGGAGGACCCUUCUGCCCCCCACUUCCUGCAGCCCCCAACUCCCUUCCUGCCCCGCCCAAUCAAAGUUAUGCGCACAAAUGCUACAAAGAAUAACAGAGAGUACGAGAAAUCGAAUCAAAAGAAAUUGUUAACUAAAAUUUAAAGAGGAUGGAGCACUCCGAAGUGCUCGGCUAAACCUAAGCCUGAUGCUAAUUGUAGUUAAGUCUGCCCAGGCGGUAAUCACUUGUUUUAUAUCUAACUGGGAGGUAGACUCCACUUAGAGCAAGCCCACAUAAUUCAAUGGUCGCGAAAAUCAAAAGUGAUUCAGUUUAGUCAAUAGUUAAAGCGUUGUUUAUAGAGUAACUUCGAUGACAUUUUAAAUAUUAGAUCGGGAACGUUCUGGUACUCAAUUCAACCUUCUCCGGUCAAUUGUAAUCAAUUGAAAAUGCGUAAAACAGUCGUUUUAUCCCAAGAUCAAAAGUAACUUGUACGGAUUUUCACUGCCUGACCUAGGCACAUUAGCACUUGGAUUUAAAUGAAAAAAGCAUUGUAUUAUAAUUUAUUAGCUACUUUUCAACUGCUCGUAAAAUGAUUCAGUUUGAUUCACUUAAUAGAUAUGAAUUCACCAUUGAAGUUGCUUCAAACUUGACGGCUUUCCGACGAAGUUGUUUACCAGAACCGACUCGAUUGUCCUGUAAUUAUUACGCCAAGGAUAUGAUCUACUUGGGGCUGCAGGACGACGCCAAGCAGAAGGAGCAAUUAAGCGAAAGGUUUCGAUUGUUCAGUUGAUUAGCCAAAUGGUUUCAAUUUUUCUUCAGCCGAGCUUUUCCUUGGUUUUCCCACCCGAUAAACACCCCCUGAAUGGCGUCGACAGGCAGCUGGAAAAAGAGGAGAAAAGUUGGUCAAUAGUUACGUCUGAAACUAAGUUGUUAACUGAAAGUACUCCUAAGUAAAUGUUAAUAGCAAUAAACAAGCGAAAGUUUUUGUAUCUCUUAGACGUUAAAGAUGUUGAAGGGGAGUUGGCAGAAAAGCGCAAGCAUAAGUAUCAAGUAUUCCACGAUACAUUUUGAGUAAAACUACAAUUCAUAGGUUAACAAUAAUUGUAAAGGAGCAAAGAAACAUUCAAUAGAUUUACUUGAACUUGGAAGUCAACUUGUGCCAAUCCUAAUGAGAACCUGCAAUAAAUGUGGCGUAGCGUAACUUAAUAAACAAUUGAAUAACAAAAGCGAGGGGAGUUAGAUAAUUAGCGGAUCGAUGUGAAACUGUUACUUAAGUGCAAAACGAGCUUGUUGUCGAAUUAAUUUUUAAACGGAUUAAACUAAGUGAAUCUAA